AAUCUUUGCGUACCUGAAUCUUUAGUGAGUUGUUGGCUAUCAUCCCUUUUUUUUUACUACGAUGGAUACCGAUGUUGAAUCCUGUUUGAAAGAUUGGAACGACCUAGCACAAGAUUACAAGGAAUUAGAAGUAAGAUAAUUUUUUGUUAAUCCUGGGUACUGAUGUUGUCGAUGAUUAACACGUUGGACCAUUUUCUGUGAGACAUUAAACAAAGAAUAUCUUGCAAAAUUAGAAGAAGUAGUUGAACUUCAAACAAAAUGUUUGAAAGGAAUUUCUCACCAAACAUACCGAAUGAGUGUAAUAUCAAAGUCACUCAAACAAUUACAUGCGUGCGAAACACAAAAAGGAUUAAACAAAGAAAUGACAAAACGAGAGCAACAAUUACAUGAAAUAGAACAAACUUUACCGAAACCAAAUGGCACAUAUCUUCAAAUUAUUUUAGGCAAUGUUAAUGUUUCCAUAUUAAAUAAAAGUGAUAAAUUCAAAUAUAAAGAUGAAUAUGAAAAAUUUAAAUUAGUUCUUUCAGUAAUUGGUUUUAUUUUAUCUGUAUUAAAUCUAGUAACUAAUAUCAGAACUUUGGAACUUAGUUUCAUGUUCCUUUUAGUUUGGUAUUAUUGUACGUUGACAAUAAGGGAAAGUAUAUUAAAAGUAAAUGGUUCAAGAAUAAAAGGUUGGUGGAGAUUUCAUCAUUUCCUUUCAACUGUAGUAUCUGGUGUUUUAUUAGUAUGGCCUAACACAGGGCCAUGGUAUGCAUUUAGACAACAAUUUCUAUGGUUCAAUGCUUAUAUCAGUGUAGUACAGUCUCUACAAUUCUGCUAUCAACGAGGUGUUUUAUAUCGCUUGAAAGCAUUAGGUGAAAGACAUAAUAUGGAUAUUACCAUUGAAGGUUUUCAUUCAUGGAUGUGGCGUGGAUUAUCGUUUUUAUUACCGUUCCUUUUUGUUGGAUAUAUGUUUCAGUUGUACAACGCAUAUAUCUUGUAUACAUUAAUAUCCCAUUCAGAAGCUACAUGGCAUGUUUCAGUCCUCAGUGGAAUGUUUUUGGUAUUAUUUCUAGGUAAUACAAUAACAACAAUUAUGGUAAUUCGUCAAAAAUUAAGAGAACGUGUAAAAUAUCAUUUUCCUGGAGUAUUUGCUUCUAAAUUUGAACGUAAGAAAGAUUCAAAUGGAGAAAAAAAUAUGAAAAAACAAAAUUAAUGAGAAAUUUGUUGUGAGGCGAGUAUGAUAAACAAUUUAAUAAAAUACAAAAUAAAUGUUUCAUGAAUAAAAAAUAAUUUAAAAGUGAGAAAA